AUGGAUUUUUUGAGGAUUAUUUUUUUUACUAUUUUAAUAUUUUCUGGAAUUUUUUAUGUCUACGGUAUUCAAAAUGAUGACUGGAAUGACUGGAGUGGUGAUGAGUGUGAAGCAGCAAUAAAAGAAACAAUAUUUCAAGAUCAUACAACUGUUGUUGAUGAAACAUCAAAAAGACUUCACUCAACAUGGCUGUCUCAAGAAUGUGAAAUCAGAGCAGGUCCAGAAUAUAUUAUUCGAAAAUAUACAUUUUAUGAAGAUGGCACAUUUUUAUUAUUGAGACAUCAUUAUGCUGAAGAAUCAUGUAGUGUUGCAACUCAUACUGUAACAGCAAAAGGUGUUAUUCGACUCCUGUCAACAUCCGGAUUUGUUUCUGGUGCAACAGAUGCCAAAUAUCAUCUGGAUCAUGUUCAUAUUUUACCACUCACACGACAGGUAGCUCAUAAAUUUGGACAACGUGUCAAUUUUACGUGUACAAAACAAUCAAAAUGGAAUCCAUUUGUUCAACAAGUUAUUUUCGAAAAAACAUCUCGUCGUAAUACAAAUAAUUUAUGGGACAGUUUGACGAAAUCUUCAAAGAAAUAUACAACAAUUGAUUGUUUAGAUUCACUUAAUAUUAAUUUUGAUGAAUUACAAUUAGUAAGAGUUCAAAAAAAGCCAAUAACAUCUGAAUUUGGAUUAAUUAAAAAAGGACAAAUUAAAAUUGAACUUUAUCUUGGUAGUUUACCAGCAAAUUCACAAUUAAGAAAAUCACAUAGAUCAACAUCAUUACAGCCAACAUCAUUAAUACGUUCUGAUAUGAUAAGUGGAUGUUUUACAUGUGGAAUAAUAAUGAGAGGAACUGAAAGUAGACCUCCACUUCUUCAUGAGCUUGUUCCUUUACCAGCACUUAUUGGUGGUUUUUGGAUAAGUUCAAGCUGUGAAAGUAAUGAGGGUGGACUAUGGACAAAACGUCAAUUACGUAUUUAUUCCGGUGAUAUUUUGUGGUCAGGUCGUUGGGAUUAUUAUGCGGAUUCAAAAUGUAAAAAUUAUCGUUAUACAAUAUUAUCAUCUGGUAGUUAUGUACAACGUGCUGGACAACAAAAUCCACAUCGUCGUAUGAUUAAUUUAUCAAAUGAUAAAACUGAUAAUAUAUAUCCAAAUAUUGAAGAUAGAAAUAAUAAAAAUUUAGAUUAUAAUUUAAAAUUAAAUGAACGUAAUUUACAUGAAAGAAAAUCACUUGCAAAAUGGAUGUCACCUGAUUUGGCUAAAAAAUUAGCUGAUACAUAUAAUGAUAAAAAUAAUUUAUAUGAUAAAAUAUUACCAACUGUUGAGGAUAUUGAACAAGCUGAUGAAUCAAUUAGCUAUGAAAAAUCUACAUCAAAAGUACGUCGUAGUCUUGAUUUACAAGAUGAAAGUUAUAAACAUAUUUUACAAAAUACACAACCAUCAAUGGCUGAAUCAUUUGCUGCAAUUUUACGUGGUAAUCAACGACAAGAAUCAUCAACAGUAUCACCAUCAAUGCCAACAAUGACAACAACAAAAAAACCACAAUUUUUAAUGAUACCAUCAGGAACAACUGAGCUUGAUCUUCAUGUUACUGAAAGUAUAUUAACAAUUGGUGAUCUUUCAAUUGCAGCAAGAUGUGGUGCACAAAUAACUGGUAAUGAAAAACAUGGUCUUUAUGCUAAACCAUUAAAAUCAUGGCCAAAAAAUUGUGUUAAACAUUCAAUUCAAGCAUCAUCAAUAAUUAAUCUUAGAGCUAAAAUUGAUGUUAAUUGGAAUGGAGAAUAUAAUUUAGUAUUGGGCUCAAAAAAUGAUAAUAUUUGGCAAGCACCAUUACAAAAGUGUGGAAAUUUACCUGAACAUAAUCCAAUUUUGAAACUUCAUUUAAAAAAAAGCCUUGGUUAUAGAUUAUUUGCAAUAUCAAGUGGAACAACAUUUUAUUUAUCAUGGAAUUGUAUUGUCAUACUUUUUUCAUGUUUAUAUCUAUUUAGAUAAGAUAUAUCAAUUAUUUUUUUUAAAAUAGAUGAUAACAAUAUUUUGUAAAUAAAUUGUACAUAUAGCUAGAAAAUUUUAUAAUUUAUAAAUUAUUUUUUAUCGAAAAAAAAAACAAUAUGAAUUGCUUACAGCUAAAAACAUAAAAAUUGAAUGAAUUUUUAAUUAUAUAAUGCAAUAUCCAAAUAUUUAAAUUAAUUUUAUAAUUUAUUUCUUAUUUUUAAAACUUUAUAUAUUUUUAUAUAUUUUUAAAUAAAUUUUUUAAAUUAA